AUGUGGGAGCUUUGGAAGAGUAGAAAUGCUAGAAGACAUGGGAAAGAUGUGUCCUAUUAUAUGCUGCAGCAAAAAUGUCAAGAUACUGUGUAUAAGCUGAUUAAACAUCUUUACCCUUGGAUUCAGAUUCCAAGAAAUUGGGAAGGAAUGUUUGGGGCCAUGAAGGAGUACAAACCUAAGUUACACUACCAUUCUGUGUUUUGGGGACUUCCUCAAGAGGGGGGUGUUAAGUGCAACACAGAUGGAGCAAGUAGAGGAAAUCCGGGAGAAAGUGCAUAUAGCUUUUGUGUUAGAAAUCAUGAAGGGAAUUUAAUGUAUGCAGAAGCAUGUAAGAUUGGCAUAAGGAAUAAUAUAGAAGCAGAAACAGUGGCUAUCCUAAAAGCACUCAGAUACUGUAAAAUCAAGAAAAUCAACAAAGUGUUGAUUGAGACAGAUUCACUGGUGGUCACAAAAAUGAUAAGGAAUGAAUGGAAAAUUCCAUGGAAUCAGGUAGAGGAGAUAGAAGAGAUUCAAGAGAUUAUAGAGAACAUACAGGCAGAUAUUACACAUGUUUUUAGAGAAGCUAAUCAGUUAGUAGACAAGUUGGUCAAUGAAGCAUAUACGUAA